GCUUGGUGUCCUGGCCAGCAGUCAGAUCUGGACCUCUGAGGCAGCAGACCUGAGUCCAGGACUUUGGAACACCAGAGAACUCCUGACCCCAUGGAAUAUUAAUCAGCAAGUGCCCUCCCAGAGGUUUCAUUCUCAACACUACGAUCCAAAUGCAACCGAAGGCCAGCAAGCGCCAGUGCUGGAUACCUCAAGCCAAACAACUAGCAUGACAAGAAUAUAAACCCACCCAUUAGCAGACAGACAGCCUACAGUCAUACUAAGCUGACAGACACACCCAAACACACCAACAGACUUGGCCCUGCACAUCAGAAGUUUAAGAUUCAGCUCCAUACAUAGGAACACAGGCAUCAGCCCCGCCACCAAGAAGCCUACACAACCCACUGAACCAACCUGCCCACUGGGGACAGACAAUAGAGAUAUAAGUAACUAUGACCCCGGAGAAGACAGUAAAUUAAACAGAAUGAGAAAACAGAAAGAUGCAGCUGAUGAAAGAUAGAGGUAAAAUCCCACAUGACCAGGCACACGAAGAUGAGAUAGGCAGUCUUUUUGAAAAAGAAUUCAGAAUAAUGAUAGCAAAGAUGAUCCAAAAUUUCAGACAUAGUAUUAAGGCACAGAUGGAGCAAAUGAAAUACAUGUUUAACAAAGAGCUGGAGGAACUAAAGUGCAAAGAAACAAUAAUGAACAACACAAUAACUGAAAUUAAAAUUACUCUGGGGAGGAAUCUGCUGUGGGAAGAAGGACGCCAGGUUUCUCGGGCAGCCACAGUCAUGGCGGCGACGGCCCCCAGUGCCGGGGGCUCCGCGACCGAGGCGGCGGCUUCCGCCGAAGCCCCGCUGCAGUACAGCCUUCUUCUGCAGUACCUGGUGGGUGACAAGCGUCAGCCCCGGCUCCUGGAGCCUGGGAGCCUGGGCGGGAUCCCGAGUCCGGCCAAGAGUGAGGAGCAGAAGAUGAUCGAGAGGGCGAUGGAAAGCUGCGCCUUCAAGGCGGCGCUGGCUUGCGUGGGAGGAUUUGUCUUGGGAGGUGCAUUUGGGGUGUUCACCGCCGGCAUUGAUACCAAUGUGGGCUUUGACCCUAAGGAUCCUUACCGUACGCCUACGGCAAGAGAAGUCCUUAAAGACAUGGGGCAGAGAGGAAUGUCCUACGCCAAAAAUUUUGCCAUUGUGGGCGCCAUGUUUUCUUGCACUGAGUGUUUGGUAGAAUCUUACCGAGGAAAAUCAGAUUGGAAGAACAGUGUCAUUAGUGGCUGCAUCACUGGAGGAGCCAUUGGUUUCAGAGCUGGCUUAAAGGCUGGGGUCAUUGGUUGCGGAGGUUUUGCUGCUUUCUCUGCUGCGAUCGAUUAUUACCUGCGGUGAGAGCAAUUGCCUCCAGGGAAGGACGAUGCCAGCCCAGGAUCAGAGCUGUUCUGUGGAGGGUCUGCGCCAUUCCAGGGCACUUGCUUCAGAGACUGAAGACAUUUGUUUCCCCUCACCUAGCUGGUGUCGUGAGGGAGCCGCGUCUGCGCAGCCACACUCUCUGCUCCUGGCCUCCAGCCAGGCUGUGCAGAGCGUGUGCCACGCCAGCCUCUCUCUUUCGGGCAGAUCAGGGGUCAGUAUGUUGACCUGUAGGGAUUGAGUUCACAGAGGUUCAGUGCUGACCACAACUGGCCCUCUGGUUGUUUGGUGCUGUGGGAAUGGAGAGGACUUUACAUGUACCCAGGAAGCUCUUCUACUGUGGACCUCCAUGCAGUCCUCCAUCUCACACAUUGGGGCAGGGCAGAGUGAAUUUAUGCCAUCCGACCAGUUAUGUCAUAUUGUCUAGUGUUCUGCUUCCUAGUUAAGAAAAAAAUAUAUAUGUAUUUAUAUUACAAAAAAAAAAAAAUUACUCUGGAUGGAAUCAACAGCAGAAUAGCUGAGGGAGAAGCAAAAGUAAGUUAGCAGGAAUAUAGAAUGUUGGGGAAAAACUACCAUAAAGCAGGAAAAAGAAAAAAGAAUAAAAAGAAUGGAAAACAGUCUCAGUGCCUCAGGGACAAUGUUAAACAUAACAACAUUCGAAUUAUAGGGGUCCCAGAAGAAGAGAAAAAGAAAGGAUCAGAGAAAAUAUUGGAAGAGAUUAUAAUGGGAAACUUCCCCAAUAUGGGAAAAGAAAUGAUUAAUCAAGUACAAGAAGAACAAAGAGUCCCAUACAGAAUAAAGCCGAGGAGAAACACAUCAAGGCACAUAUUAAUCAAAAGCAGCAAGAGAAAAGCAGCAAAUAACAAAUAAGGGGAAACCUGUAAGGAUAAGAGCUGAUUUUUCUGCAGAAACUCUGCAGGCCAGAAAGUAGUGACAGGAUAUACUGAAAGUCUUGAAAGAAAAAAAAUAUAGAGAGCUAAGAAUACUCUACCCAGCAAAAAUCUAAUUCAGAUUCAACAGAGAAAUCAAAAGCUUUACAGGCAAGCAAAAGUUAAGAGAAUUCUGCACCACCAAACCAGCCUUACAACAAUUGCUAAGGGAACUUCUUUCAGCAGGAAACACAAGAGAAGGAAAAGACCUACAAAAGCAAACCCAAAACAAUUAAGAAAAUGGUCAUAGGAACAUACAUAUCAAUAAUGACCUUAAAUGUAAAUGGAUUAAUUGCUCUAACCAAGAGACACAGACUGGCUGAAUGGAUACAAAAACAAGGCCUUUAUUUAUGCUGUCUACAAAAACCCACUUCAGACCUAGUGUCACAUAGAGACUGAAAGUACGGGUUAGAAAAAGAUAUUCCAUGCAAAUGGACGUCAAAAGAAAGAUGGAGUAGCAAUACUCAUAUUAGAAAAGUUAGACUUUAAUGUAAACACUAUUACAAGAGACAAGGAAGGACACAACACAAUGAGAUCAAGGGAUCAAUCCAAGAAGGAGAUAACUCAAUUGUGCACCCAACAUAGGAGCACCUCAAUACAUGAGGAAACUGUUAAAAGCCAUAAAAUAGGAAAUCGGCAAUAACACAAAAAUAGUAGGAGACUUUAACACCCCACUUACACCCAUGGACAGGUCAUCCAAACAGAAGAUAAAUAAGGAAACAUAAGCUUUAAAUGACACAUUAGACCAUGUCGACUUAAUUGAUAUUUAUAGGACAUUCCAUCCAAAAACUACAGAACACACUUUCUUCUCAAGUGCACACAGAACAUUCUCCAGGAUAGAUCACAUCUUGUGUCACAAAUCAAACCUCAGUAAAUUCAAGAAAAUUGAAAUUGUAUCAAGACUUUUCUCAAAACAUAAGGCCAUGAGACUAAAUAUCAAUUAUAGAAAAAAAACCUGUAAAAAAUACAAACACAUGGAGGCUAAACAAUAUGAUAUUAAACAACAGAGAAAUCAGUGAAGAAACCACAGAGGAAAUCAAAAAAUACAUAGAAAAAAUGACAAUGAAUACAGGAUGACCCCAAACCUAUGGGACAUAGCAAAAGCAGUUCUAAGAGGGAAGUUUAUAGCAAUAAAAUCCUAACUCAAGAAACAAGAAAAAUCUUGAAUAAACAACCUAACCUUACACCUAAAACAAGAAGAAGGAGGAGAAGGAGAAGGUGAAGGUGAAGGUAAAGGAGAAGGAGAAGAAGGAGGAGGAGAAGGAGAAGAAGGAGGAGGAGAAGGAGGAGGAGGAGGAGGAGGAGGAGAAGAAGAAGAAGAGGAGGAGAAGGAGAAGGAGGAGAAGAAGAGGAGGAGGAGGAGGAAGAGGAGGAAGAAGAAGAACAACCACAACAACAACAAAACACAAAGUGAGCAGAAGGAAAGACAUCACAAAGAUCAGAUCAGAUAAACAAAAAGAAAUGAAGGAAAAAAUAGCAAAGAUCAAUAAAUCUAAAAGCUGGUUCCUUGAGAAGAUAAACAAAUUUGAUAAAACAUUAGCCACACUCAUCAGGAAAAAAAGGGAGAAAACACAAUCAACAGAAAUAGAAAUGAAAAUUGUAUUUCCAACAUUGCAGAAAUAAAAAAAAAAUCAUGAGAGAAUACUAUAAGUAGCUGCAUGCCAAUAAAUUGCAUAACCUGGAAGAAAAGGAUACAUUCUUAGAAAAGUACAAUCUUCCAAGCCAGAACCAGGGAGAAAUAGAAAAUAUGAACAGACUAAUCACAAGCACUGAAAUUGAAACUAUGAUUCAAAAUCUCACAAUGAAAAAAAGGCCAGGGCAAGACGGCUUCACAGGCAAAUUCUAUCAAACAUUUAGAGAAGUGGUAACACUUAUUCUUCUCACACUCUUCCAAAAUAUAGCAGAAGGAGUAACACUCCCAAACUCAUUCUAUUAAAACCAGGCAAAGAUGCCACAAAAAACAACAUUACAGGCCAAUAUCACUGAUGAAUAUAGAUGCAAAAAUCCUCAACAAAAUACUAGCAAACAGAAUCCAACAGCACAUUAGAAAGAUCAUACACCAUGAUCAAGUGGUAUUUUUUCCCUGGGAUGCAAGGAUAUUUCAAUAUAUGCAAACAAAUCAAUGUGAUACAUUAUAUUUACAAAUUGAAGGAUAAAAACCAUAUGAUCACUUCAACAGAUGCAGAAAAAUCUCGUGACAAAUUUCAACAUCCAUUUAUGAUAAAAACUCUCCAGAAAGUGAUCAUAGAAGGAAGUUACCUCAACAUAAUAAAAACCAUAUAUAACAACCCAACAGCCAACAUCAUCCUAAAUGUUGAGAAACUGAAAGCAUUCCCUCUAAGAGUAGAAACAAGACAAAUGUGCCCACUCUCACCACUAUUAUUAAACAUAGUUUUGGAAGUUUUAGCCAGAGCAAUCAGAGAGGAAAAUGAUAUAAGAGGAAUCCAAAUAGGAAAAGAAGAAGUGAAAUUGUCACUCUUUGCAGAUGACAUUAUAUUAUACACAGAAAACUCUAAAGAAGCUACCAGAAAACUUCUAGCACUAAUUGAUGAACUUAGUAAAGUUGCAGGCUGCAAAAUUAAUGCACAGAAAGCUCUUGCAUUCCUAUACACUAACAAUGAAUGAUCAGAAAGAGAAUUUAAGGAAACACUUCCAUUUACCAUUGCAACAAAAAGAAUAAAAUACUUUGGAAUAAACCUGCCUGAAGAGGCAAAAGAACUUUAUGCAGAAAACUAUAAGACUCCAAUGAAAGAAAUCAAGGACAUACAAACAGACGGAGGAACAUACCAUGUUAGUGGAUUGGAAGAAUCAUCAUUGAGAACAUAAAUAUACUACACAAAGCAAUUUACAGAGUCAGUGCAAUCCUUAUCAAAUUACCAAUGACAUUUUUCACAGAAUUGGAACAAGAAAUUUUAUGAUUUGUAUGGAAACACAAAAGAUCCCAAAUAGCCAAAGCAAUCUUGAGAAGGAAAGAUGGAGCUGGGGGAAUCAGGCUCCCUGACUUUGAACUAUACUACAAGGCUACAGUGGGCAAGACAGUAUGGUACUGGCACAAAAACUGAAAUAUAGAUCAAUGGGACAGAAUAGAGAGCCCAGAGAUAAAUCCAUGCACGUAUGGACAACAAAUCAUUGAAAAAGGAGGCAAGAGUGUACAAUGGAAAAAAAGACAGCUUCUUCAAUAAGUGGUGCUGGAAAAAAUGGACAGCUACAUGUAAAAGAAUGAAAUUAGAAUGCUCCCUAACACCACACUCAAAAAUAAACUCAAAAUGGAUUAAAGACCUAAAUGUAAGGCCAGACACUCUAAAACUCUUAGAGGAAAACAUAGGCAGAACACUGUGUGAUGUAAAUCAAAGCAAGAUCCUUUUUGACCCACCACCUAGAAUAAUGAAAAUAAAGUCACGAAUAAACAAAUGGGACCUAAUGAAACAUAAAAGUUCUUGCACAGCAAAAGAAACCAUAAACAAGACUAGAAGACAACCCUCACAAUAGGAGAAAAUAUUUGCUAAUGAAGCAACUGACAGAAGAUUAAUCUUCAAAAUAUACAAGCAGCUCAUGCAGCUUAAUACCAAAACCCAAAUAACCCAAUCCACAAAUGGGCAGAAGACCUAAAUAGACAUUUCUCCAAAGAAGACAUUCAGAUUGCUAACAAACACAUGAACAGAUGCUCAACAUCACUAAUCAUUAGAGAAAUGCAAG